AUGGCACAACUAACAGCUCGUACCGUUCUGUCUUCACUUUCAAAGCGAACCUUGAUACCUGCUGUUGUCUCACGCCGUUCACUGGCCACAGAGGCUUCACCUGAAGAUUACGGUUAUUACCCAGACCCUCUUGAGCAUGCUACUGGUCGUGAAAAGAAAAUGCUCCUUGCACGUCUUGCUGGAGAUGAUGUGAGUGUUACUGUAUUACGAUUUUUUUUGCGCUUUGUCAUCAUAUUUUUUUUGAUCAAGGGACUUAGGAUUUGA